CUCUGAGAUGCUAGACUCUGCAGACCAACAAGAUUGCAUGGACAUGGACAGCGGCCAACGGUCAACGGCUUUCUGCUCUUGACGCAUCAACGCCUUGACCAUGUCACGGGCCCUGGACGCAGAAACGGCGGCGUCUCUCAGGUCUGGAGACCCUCUGGCCGCGUACCAGGCCAUCUCCAGCGUCUUGGGAUCGUCGGCGCCAUCUGACGGCCUCCUCGAAAUUGAAAUCCUGGGCCCCAGCCAUUUUAUCGAAGGUGGACAGCAACACUUCCUGCGUGACGGGCGUGCCGUGGGCUUCUCGAAGCUGGCACUCGUCCAGGCAUUCAUGGUUGCGAGACAGCGUCUGCAAGACCAUCUUAGCGGCGUUGUGCCCCUGCCAGACGACGAGGUCCUUGCCGCGACAGCAGUCAUCCUGCUUUUCGACCCGGAGUAUCUCACGGCCGCCAAUGUGCGGAAGCGCCUGGUUCAAGCCAUGAUAUCCGGUUCCGGCGCUGCUGCUGCUGCUCGCGCGAGGCUGGAGAGCGAGAAGCGCUUUGUUGACAGCCUCCUGACGAGCAGGUUGCACCGGCACACGAAGUCGCCCACGCUUUGGAGUCACCGCCGCUGGCUUCUCGGCGUGUUCAUCUCGCUUGAUUUGCCGGUGGACGUGCUCCAAGAUAUCAAAGACGUCGUGUUUGUGGCCGGCGAGAGGCAUCCUCGGAACUACUAUGCCUGGUGCCACGCCAGGUUCCUGAUGGGUCUGGACAAACCUAUCCACCGUGCAGAGGUAUUGGAGGCUGUGCAAGCUUGGUGCUUCCAGCAUCACACCGACACCUCUGGCUGGUCCUUCCUCUACUUCCUCCUCGACACCGAGACCGACUCGAGCAAGGCAACCGGGUGCUCGACGUUCGCCGCCGUCCUCGCCCUGGUCAGCUCGCUUCGCCUUGCAAAUGAGUCGGUCUGGGUGUUCCUGCGGACGUUGGCAGCGUCACGGCUGGUUGGUGACGAGCAGUACUUGGAGUUCCUCGCUGUUCAAGCGGCCGUUCUCGAGACCCUGAAGACGCCGGCAGAUCAGGCAGUGCUCCGAGCGGCCGCCAAUUGGUGCAAAACAUAUCGAGACAAUGCAGCACAUCUGCAUUCUACAGGGGAUUUGACGCCCGCGAGGCUGAUGAGACGUCACACACCAACAUAAAUAACAACAUCAUACGACACCCCAACACAUGAUAUCUGAGACGCGGGCUUGGCCACGGCGGCUCCUUAUCUCGAUUCCGCGUGGCCAUGCAGGCAGGCACAGACCGUUGGUCUGGACACGGCCAACGCCAGGCCAAGCUGCAGGUCCAGCUUGUUACUUGGUGCCAACAAGUCCGAGACGGAACGAAGCGCUUGGUCCCAGGGCUGCAGAUGCGCCCGAGACGCCAACUGCCCGCCGUGUCUCGGGACCGUCCGAGAAUAUCCAAGAUGAAGAAUGCACGAGAAAAAGCCGCGCUCGAAAACCCUCAGGAGCAGUGGCGGUCCUGCAUGGGAAUUAUCAGUCACUGCACCUUGGAAGGUCCUGCGUCUGCAAUAACUACCAGGUAUCAAUCACCUGCAGGCAGACGAUUCAGCCGAGAGGGACUCGCCGCUUCAGGAGGGCAAGCAGAUGACCCAAUGAGCCAAAAAAUGGAGCUUUGCAAAAGACCUCUCUUGUGACACGUUACACGCAGGGGGCCUCUGAAGUCAUUUCGAGCAUCGAUCAGUGGGAUACCCCGUCUCUCUCGGGGCUUGAGAGAGUGGGAUUCUCUCCGAUUGAUGUUGGAAGCAUCGCUCAGACAAGAAGCACCUCCCCCGGUCACUAACUAACAUGUGUAUGAUUGCUCUGUGACCUUGCUGUUACCUG